CCGGCCCUUCUUCUUUCUGUUAUCGGUCGUAAUCGUUCGGGGUCUGAAGGUGGGAGGGAGACAGGGAAAGGAGAACAGGAAGCGACAGCGGGAGCGAAGGUGUGAGCAGUGAGAAAGAGAGAGAGAAUAGAAGAAGAAAAAGAAACAGGAGGAAGGAAGAGUGGUAGCGGUAGGAGGGGGAUCUGCUCGAUCUCUCGUUGUCUGCUGUGGAGGUGGUUCGUCGCCGAACUCUUCUGCUCCCAUCCUGAAAGGAUGCCCCCACAUAUCCGAAGAGGGCGUUUAACAGGCAGCAGAGUGCUUGUGCGCUUGAAUACCUCUCUCUUAGGCGGCCCCUCCUUGUCCUCCUCUUCUUUGGCGCCUUGGGCCUCCACUUUCUCGCUCUCGUUUCCAGAGGCGAGUACCUUCUCCUCAUCAUCGAAAGCUCGAGACCGGGAAAAACGACUUUCUGGCCGGUCGCUGGUAGAAGGAGGAGAUGCGGCCACUAUGACAUGGGCGGGUAAUUCUGCCUUUUUUUCGUGGUUACCAUUCAGCGAGGGUGGUCGCUCCCUCUUCGAUUCUUCCUCUUUCUCUUCCUCUGCCUCUGCCUCACAGCUGUCAUCUCUGCCGUCGCGCCGCCUCUCCGCCGCUUCGCCCGCUUAUUCCUGUUGGAGUGAGGCAGUUGCUUCUCUCUUCUUCUUCUUACCAUUGUCUUGCUCUCUUUCACCCUCUCAGUAUAUUACUAAUUGACCUCUUUAGGCAAAUUGUUGUCGUAGAUGUCUGGAGGAGAAGAGGAGGGUGAGGGAAAGCAAUUUGAUUGUGAACCGUCGGAUUUCAAGUCAAUCAGUUGUGUUGGAUCCGAAGACAGUAGUCAAGUCCAAUAAUAGUGUCUAAAUCGAGGCAGGGGUUUUCCCUUUCAUAUAGGGCGAGGACGACGAGGACAGAGAGAUGAAGGGGAGAAGAAACUAGGUUUGUGUACAUAGCAGCCAGUCCCUGGUUGUAGUUACCUGUGAUCAGGCGUUUGUUGUCAUACGUGGAACAUUUGCGUUUUCUUCGUUUUUCUUUUUUUUCUUGUUUGGGGGUGAACAGGUCCUUACGCCUUAACAGUCAUUCCCCGAUUUCAUCAUCAGUCGUUGUUUAUUGAUUAUGUGCAAGUGCGCGUUUCAUUAGUUUUUACCGGUCUAGCGAGGUGUUGUUAGACGUGUUUUGGCAUUGUCGUUUAUGAACGAGGUUAUUUUUAUAGAUAUAGCGGUAGCGAGCACAGGUAUAUUUCAAUUUCUUGUUUGUGUUUGUUGUUGUUAAGACUUGCAGAGAAUGCAGACAAAAAAGCCGCGCUCCCCCCACCCGCCCCACCUUUUUGCCUAAUGGGCAUAUGUUGUAUGAAGACUUGUAUGUUUUAAAUUUUUUAAAAAUCUUCUUGUUAAUGGGAAGAGACUUAUCUUUGAAACGAGUGCGUGCGUGUAUGAAACCUUUGUGAAACGACUUCACGUCUCAAAUCCGUUGCAGAGGGGGGCCGUAAUGAAGGAAGAAUUGUCCGUUGGUCUCCCUUUCUGAACAUCUCCGUGCGCGUACAAUGAUCAUUUGUCUGUGAGUUUUUUUUUUCUCGAGUCCCAUUCUUUGCGACGAUGUGGUCUGCUUCGUCAUCGCCCGUCGUAGUCUGUCGAGCGCAGAUGUCUCUGUCUCCUGUUGCAACGCCUGCAGUUGACAUGGUGCCACGUGUUGGACUGGAUGAAGAAUUGAUGAGGAUUAUAGAAGGACUACAGCGAUUGCCGGCGCCUAUAUGGCUAGACGAUGAGAUCGAGGUGGAGGAGCCACGAUUCGAGGAGAAGCCGCACAGAAAACAGCGCGAGCGCGAGAAGAAGAGGAAGAAGCAGCCGCCACCGCCGCCGCCGCCGCCGCCGCAGAAGCAGCAACAACAACAACAACAGCAGCAGCAGAAGCAAUCGGCUACUAUACUGACUACUGUGUCGCCGUCGGCGAGGAAGAGGCUGGGUCAGGAUCAGACAGCUGGCCACCAGUCGCAUAAGUCAGGCGGUACAUCGGAUGCCGUUCCCGAUGAUCGUUGUCGGAAAGGAGAGCAGCUCUCGACAAAUUCGGCGGGGCUGGCGGGAAACAACAACAACAGUGCGGAUGCGGUCUGCACAGCUGCUGCUCUCGCUUCUUCAGGUGCUGCUUCUGCAGCUCUUGUUCCCGCUAGCGUUUCAUCGACGGUCCCGGCCGGCAAAGCUCAAGCUCUUCCUCAGGCUGAUGUCGGUGGAAAUGGGAAAGGAUCGGCGGCGGCGGUUGCAGUCGUCAGAAAUGUCAAUCUCGUGGCUGCAAUGGUCUCCCCUUCUUAUCCUGGCCUUGGUAAUCCAUCGAGGCCGUUGAUCAGUCGCGGGCGAUCACCGGUGUGCAUUCAGGUAGAAAGCAUACAGGUUUUCUCGAGGUCGAGUGGCAGUCUGUUCAUCUCGGCGACUGUCGCACCAUUGCCCACUCGAAGCUCGCACCGAGAGCCGGUCUCCGGUCAGCAACUCUCGGUGAAUCCUACUCCGCCUACCGCGGCGGAUGCGCAUCCCCACUCUCCCCCCCCUUCGGGCUGCUCCUCUGUGGUUGGAUUACCAACGGGGCAGGAACCCAAUGUGGCGUCGGCUCCUGCUUCUUCUGCGUUGGCUGCGGAGCAACAGCCGCUCUCUCCCGUAGCAGUCAAACCUGCUGCGGGGGAGCAGUCUGUUGGAUGCUCAGAGGGGUUGUUGUCGUCGCCGCCUUCGUCGUCGGCUUCGUCGCUGUUUCCUGGCUCCUCUCCUUAUUGUAAUGUGCGCCGGGAGGAUGGAUUAGCUGCAGUGGGAAUGCCGCACGGGACAGCGGCGGCGGCGUCGCCAGGGCAGGUUGUGGGAGUUCCGCCGCCUCCGCUCUUCGGGAUGCAUCAAGAUAAGAAGCGAUCGGGCGGGAAAAGCAAAUUCAAACCGCCGUUGAAUAGGGGGUGGAAAGCGUUGUCCGCUGCGUUGGGUCUAGGGUUUCUCAAGGAGAAUUCCAAUCAAGGAGGGGUGGGGCAUCAUCAUAAUCAUCAACAGCAUCACAGUGGUAGCAGCAGCAACUGGUUCCUCGGUCCGAGUGGUAGUCAUCAUCAUCAUCAGCAGCAUCAUCAUCACCAUCAUAACGGUAUUGGUGGGCAUUAUGGACAAUGGCAACAGGGGAGCCAGAAUAAUAACAACAUCACUGGUGGUAGCAGUCACAAAGGGACUCGUCAUCAUCAGCAACAGCAAUCUUACGCGCCAGCUUCAGCUCCUGCUCGUUCUUUGUCUCCGUCGAGCAGCGGCCGCCAUCAUCCUAGCCACCUGAAUUUCUUCAUUCCGCCGGUUCAGUCCCGAUUGUUUCAGCAUCAGCAUGGGUACUCGUCGAGUGGAGGGGGGGGUGCUUUGUCUCCGCUUUCUCGAUCGCAAGAGUUGCAGAUGACGAGUUCUGAUACCAUGUUGGGAUGGAGUGAUACUGAGGGUGAUGGGGAUUGGACGCCGCGCAGCUUUGUCGACGACGGCGAACGGCAGUUGCGCACUACGCUAGGAUACCGCAGAUUAGAGCCGAUGUCGGACGAAGCGGCGGCGGAACCAUCGUCGGGAGGGGGCAAGAGUAGUGCGGCAUCGUCGUCGACGUCGCGGAAGCGGUUCGGAGGGGGAAUGGCGGGAGGAGGGGGCGCCUCCUCGGCGGCCGUUGAUUUGGAGGCGAAGAGGGAGAAGAAGGUUUCGCCGGUGAAGAGGAGGUUGCACACGCCGCGUCGGCAUGGUAAUCUCGGGCUGGAGUUGAUUGGGACGUCGGAGGGUGGAGUAGGGGGCGGGGGGGGGGACUCGAUCGGGGUAGCAGCAGCGGCGGAUCUGAUGGACGGAUUCUCAAGGACGUGGUCGUUGAUGUCGAAGGGUGGUGGGGGCGCAGCGUCGCCGCCCUCGACGAGCGGCGGAACUCCGCGGCACUUGGUCGUGUCGCACGGGCGUACUGCUAGCAGCAACAAUCCCUUCCUCGCCUCGUCGGAUGUCGAAGGAGACGAGUCAUCUUCGGGUGCGUCAGGGUGUGCAUCGCCCGGAGGCUCGCGCUUCUUCUGUGUGGAGGACGAUGAAGCGGACCAGAUCCCAUGGCUGCCGUGCUACUCCGAGAAAAGGCAAAAGAUCCAAGCCAUUCAUUUUCUGUACGUUACGGACGACUCGGGCAAUCGAACGAUUUUGUCCGAUGAGAUCACAGACCAGUCGAAGAAGAAGAAAAGCAGUAAGGAGUGGCGGGAGCAGUGGAGACCCUGCAGUCCUUACCCAAAGGAAGCGAAAGGGCGACUCCCUGGCAGCUACUUGUUUGAGGACGAGGAUGAUGAUGACAGUUUCAUUUUUGUUAACGGUGAGAGGCUCGGGACGAACAGCGGGUUGCUCGGAGUCAAAUUAAGAGAAGCUCGAGAGGCGGAGAAGAAGGUGCCCAAAAGAGAAGAGCGGCAGUCGAAUGAUGCCUUGGACUCUCCCACUAGACGACGCCCUCGAAUAUCGCAGCAGCCCCAGCAGUCCACCUCCUCUCCUUCUUAUGUGUUUUCUUCCGUUUCUUUUGGUUCGGUUUGUGCUUCUUUGCGUUCUAGGUGUGCUUCCUCUCGUGGCGGCUUAUCAGGAGAGGAAGAAGGCUUGGAGGUGGACGACGGUAAGGAGGGUGAACUUAGUGGUCUACCAGCCGCGCGGCCGGAAUCGUCGCCAGCUCCUGGUUGCUUACCGAUUUCCCCUGAGGAAGGAAGGGGAAGGAGUGUGAGGCCGCCUCCACUUGCCCUUGGCCAUUGCGAGGCAUUAGGGGAAUCGCUUGAUCUGUCAGGAGCUGGAGACGCACAGAAGGAUUUGGCAACGACCCCCCGCUUCGCGGGGGCUACAGAAUGCCGCGAGGCGAGACGAAAGGAUGUGGAUGACACGGUUGACGCCCCUGACUCUGAAGGGGCGGCGGCGGCUAUGGGGCAAGAAGAAUCGGGCGAGGCAGAAGGGGGCAAGCAGGACAAGGGGAAUCAUCAUGAUAGUAGUGGCACGACCUUAAUUUCUCUUCGUUCUACCGCUGCUGCCUCUGUCGCGAAUGCGGAGGCAAGUUCGGCCAAUGAAUUGAGAGCGGAGGCGGAAGGUUGCCUGGCAUCAACGUAUCUGGUUGCAGCUGCUGUUCGUGGCGAAGGUGGUCUUUUGGAGUGGUCCUCGACAGAGGAGGAGGCGCCUGGUGAGAAAGCAGGCAGCCUGAAGGGAACGAGAGGAGAGAUGACCGGGAGUCAAUCGACGGUUUCUUCUUGUUCUUCCUCUGUCGUUGUUGCCACUCGUGCUGCUAACUCCUCUUUCAUGGAUUUGGAGGAGGAAGAGCGUAUAAUGCCACCAUCUCUGCCGCUGGCUGCGGAGGGCUUGGAUCCUUUGGUGGCCACGGAUGUGGAACGGAGGAGACCCACAGUAGGCAGUCUGGAUGCGUCCGAUGUGGUCGGGGACAGUGGGGACCACCGGAAUGCGCGACUUUCCGGGUGGCGCAAGGAAGCGGUGGAAGCAUUGGCGGCGGGAGAGCUGGGAGAGGCAGUCGAGCUGGAAAUUGGCACUGGGGGGGAGAGGAGAGAAGCACCGGUUAAAGUCGUCGGACAUGUCUCAGUCGAGCCGGAGGUAGGAUCACUUCGACAUUGGUUCCCCUCGGUCGAUGUAGCGGUCUUUGGAGAUGGCAAUGGGAGGAAGCAGAUGGUAGGGAAGGCGGACGAAGGGCGAGGAGCGCAUUCAAGCGGAGGAUCUGGUAGUGUAAGGUGUGACAACUUCGCCGUGGGAGGCGGUUUAGCGGAUUGGAGCAGCGCGAAAGGAGAGGAGAAGAGCAGGGAAAGAGGUGCGGUGGUGGCGUCGUUACCAAGGGGAGAGUAUGGGAGGGAGGAAAGAGGAGGAGGAGGAGGAGGAGGAGGAGGAGGAGGAUGUACGACCGAAGCAACCUAUCAGCGCGACAGUGAUGGAGGUGGUGUAGUUGGCCCGAGCGGGUACCUCGACGAUGACGAACGCGAGGACGGAGAGGCGGCCAUGGAGCAUAGUGGUGCGAUCAAGGACGGGGUGCUUUUGUCGGGAUGGGAGGAGAGUGGAGUCGAGAUCCCGCUCGUUGAGGGGAGCGAUACAGGGACGAGGGAGAAGCGGCGGAAUUCGAGUGAUGGCGGAGACGCGAAGAGGACGGGUCGCAGCAAGGACUCCACUGAAGGCAGAAAGAGCGGUGGUGAUUGUGUUGGGAGCGCUAGCACCGGCGGCGGGAAGAGAAGAGGACGGGUCGGUCGGACAUUGGAGCAGUUGGCGUUGCCCAGGUCGUCGUCGGGAGGGUUCUACGAUGACAUGACGACCGAGGAUGACGCGGACGCCGCUGCUUGGAAAGGCGGUCGCACGUGGUUGCGCCGGAAAGAGCAGCCUAUAAGGGAGAGGAGAGACUGCCUCAGGUGGUCUAAUCCCCUGUACAACGCGAGUGAAUCUACCUCUCCUCCAUUGACGCCUAACGCCGGUGUCAGUGGGCUGUUGGUAAGAGAGUUGGAGGGAGGUGGGGUGUUCUCAAAGCUGGCAAGCGGUAGCGGUGGUGGGCGUUGUGUCUCACAGCGUCGGCCCAACUUGAGGUACAACGACGUGGACCUGAUGCGAUCCUCGACAGACAACGAGUCGACCUCGAUAGCUGAUGGUGGGGAACUCGACGCGGCGGAUGUACAGAACCUAGGUGGUUGUGGUUCUAUUAUGAUGAUAUCUGAGAAGAGUUUCCUAGAUGUUGUGGAUAAUCUGGAGGAUGACGUCCCGCCCGUACUCUUUGGAGAGGCGUCGUUGUUAGAUGCAGAACGGAAGAAGAGAACGAAGAGCAUGUGGAGGGGAUGGCCGGAUUUAAAGGAGCAAGGAGUUGCGAGGGAAGGGGAGGGAGGGGGAGGAAUCUGUGGGACUAGGAGGGUAGAGAUGGAGUUGCAAGAGGAAGAGGACGCGGGGGAAGAUCUGGGCAUGAGUCUGGAUAUGGAAGAGGAAGAGGAGGAGGGGAACGGGAAGACGAGGGUUCAAAGAGGAGGAGAAGACCGAGCGCCUUCGGUUAUCGCAUCAGAUAGAUGGUUUGGAAGAAACUCGGCGUCGCUGUUUCUGGAAAGUCGCAGAACGAGAAGAGAGAGUACGAGAGAGGUGUUGCCUGCGGACUGGAGAUUGCCGUCGGACAACAGCAGCAGCAGCACCAGCAGCAGGAAAUCCACGUUUCCGAGGCACAUUCCCUUGGAACUUGUCGAGCCGCUGACAAUGAGGGGGACUGCCUUCCGUAGCGUGUCAGGCAAGAGGGACCAAGAGAGUGGUAGAGUCAGGGAGAGGGAUGUGCCUGCUUCUCCUCCGGAGGUAUCGGACUCUCGCUCUUGUCGACCUUCGUUACCUGUAGCCGUUCCGCGGCUUGCGGAAGGGCAGCCGAUGUGCUCGGCGCAUUUCCAGUGUUCUUUUGGAAGUGACUGCCCAGACACUGCGCACGGACAUUGGUACUUAGAUAAUAAUAUCACUUUCUGAUCACUUUCUCCUCUCUCGUUUACCAUUUCGCCUCAACCUGCUCCCCGCUCCCCCACCCUCUCUCUCUCUCUCUCUCUCUCUCUCUCUCUGUCCUCUGUCCGACUCUCUCUCUCUCUCUCUCUCUCUCCAUCUCUCUCUCUCUGUGUCGAUUCUCUUGAUUCUAUGUAAACAGCAUGUGGGCGGUGGGGCCAGUUGAUGGUUGCACGUUCAUCUCGCACGUAACCGACUACCGACUCGUUCUGUCGCUAUGUAUAUAAUAACUCUAUCCCUCUCUGGUCGGUGGCGUUUGGUUGGUGCACAACAUCUGUCGUGUCGCGCGACCUUCUUGGUCAGUUAUUCCCGUCUUCACAUUUGCUGUGGCGCACGGCUCUCAUCUGUUAUUCCCGUUUCUUUGCAUAGUGACGGUUGUGCAGACAGUGGUGAUGAAUUUUUUUGUAUCAUUCGAUAAUUAUUUAUAGGAUGUCGAAUACACUCGUCUCCGCGCUCAUCUGCUGCGUGACGACGAGACACAAUGGAGCGAGGGGAAGUUGGGUAUUUUUUCUUCAUUCACUUCUUCUGAUUUUACGUAUCUGUGUGGUGCGGAUGGAGUUCGAGUUGUUGCUCGCUGACGACUCUUCAUAGAGCUGUUAAAUCAUCCUGAACGAUUUAUUAAAUUCCUUCCUUACUCUGCUUUCUCUCUGUGCUCAUCAAGAUCCAUCCCAGAUCUAAUUUGAUCAUCACCCCUUCGUCCCUUUCUUUUUUUUUCUUUUUUUUUUUUUCCUUCGUCCAUUUCCUCUUGUCCCCCUUCUCUUCGGGCAUCCGCUUCAAUGGAACGAUACACAAGAUUAGCACGGCUCCUGCGCAAGGAUGGAUGACACUUAUACAUCGACAACUGGUCUCUGUUCUUCUCUUUUUCUUCUCUCUCUUCUUUUUUCUUCUGUUUUUCUUCUCUUUCUCUUCUUUUUUCUUUGUUUCUUCUUUUUUUUUUCUCUGUUUUCUUCUCUUGUCUUCGCUUGUCUGGCCUCGCUGCCGCUGGGAAAUGGCUGUCCUUUUUCCUGGUAUAGAAUACGUGGAAACGAACUGUACAGAAUUUUUAAGAAACGCUUUCGCCGCGGCUGUGGAUCGUUUGGCUGAAUCCAGUCAUGAGUCAGAAUGCUAUUUUUCGA